AUGUCGGCUGGAGCUCACGCACCAAAACGACUCGACCUUCAAGGGUUACGAUGUAUAGCCAUAGUCGCCGUACUGUUGUUUCAUAUAUGGCCAAAACUGUUUCCUAAUGGCUAUCUGGGUGUGGAUAUGUAAGGUUUAUGACAUUAUUUUUCUUCUUAGAUUACGGAACGGUCAAUUUAGAUUUAAUGUUUAAAGUGGAAGUUCGGUGGAAGAUUUGUAAUGUAUUUUGCACUAAAAAUCUUCAACUGAAAUUCCACUUUUAAAAAGUGUCAAAAACGUGUUUUUAAGCAAUUUUUAGACUUUUCAGAACAUUUUCAAAAUGGAAGUUGAGUGGAAGAUUUUCAGUGCAAAAUGCAUUACAAAUCUUCCACAAACUUUCACUUUUAAAAAGUGUCACUUUUAGCGUUUUAAUGAAAAUUUUGCUUUUUUAGUAUAUUUUUAUUAUUUUUUAGCUUCAAAGCACUCUAAAAAUGACAAAGUUUUAGGUUUUUUGUGUUAUCAGGCUACUUAAUGUACACUAUAUUAUCAGCAAAACCUUUAAACACAGUUACUAUUACUGACUUUUACUAUCGUCGUAUCAAGAGAAUCAUACCAACGUAUCUAUUUGUUAUUAUUAUGUCACUAACUAUUGGUUUUAUUGUGUUCACAUCAAGAGAGUAUGGUUAUCUGGUCAAGGAAUCUCUGACUGCAGCUACGUUAACUUCAAAUAUGUUGAAUCUACCUGAACAUGGCUACUUCAAGAUCAACAAUGAGUUCACAUUGUUCUUGCAUACAUGGUCAUUGUCAGUAGAGUUUCAGUUCUACCUGAUCUGUCCUAUUCUGUUUGGUACUCUGAGUUGUUUGAGUGAUAAGAACAGGUUUAAUGGAAUCUUGUUCUGGCUGGUGGUUUCUGUGACUUCAUUUGCGUUUCAAUGGUAUUAUACUUAUGGUAGGUUUUAUUUGAAGUUUGAGUUUAAAAGGUUGGUAGGGUUAGGAAAAAGCCAAAAAAGGGUAGGAUUGGGUAGAGUAGGGUAGGGUUUGGUAGAAAAAGUUUGUAGGGUUAGGGAAAAGCCGGUUGGUUAGGGCUUGAUACAGAAAAAUAGAAAAGAUUAGUAGGACUAAGGCAAAACCAAGUUAAGGUAGGUUAAGGAACUGUAGAAAAGAUAGUCUAGGGUAGGGUAGGGCAAAGUCAUUGACAAUUGUAAGCCUAAAAUGACGUUGAUAAGCCUAAAUGACAUUUAGAGCGAAAUCAACGUAAGUUGAGACAGGGAAGUUGUAGAAACGAAUAGGGUAGGCUUUGAGUAGGGCAAUGACAUUGUAGGAUAGAGUAAAGUAGGGUAGAAAACGUUAGAAAAGCUAAGACAAACUGAAGGCAAGCUAAAGUAAAGGUAGUUAGAACUAGUCUUAUAAAUAAGAUAAAUUGAAGCUUACUAUAUUUUUCUGAGGUAGAGCAUGGCUAGGGUGAGUUGCAGCCCAGUAUAAAUUCUCUACUUCAGAACCAAACAUCUCCCACAUGAGUCUGCCAGCCAGAAUCUGGCAAUUUUUCUUUGGUUUUGCUGUGGGCAUGGCUAGGGCGAUGCAGAAUGACAAUGUUUAUGUAUCACUGGACGGAAAACAAACCCAACCAGCCUGUAAUACCUACUACAUCAAGUCAGCCAUCACACUCUUCGUACUACUACCAAUCCUACUUAUGCCAGAUUAUAUUGACGCUGUAGUACUACGAUUUCUGGCUACUUUAGUAACUGCGAUUGUCAUAUACGAUAACGGUGAUAGUAUUUGUUCGAAUUCGUAUGUUGUUUGGAUUGGUGACAUUUCCUACUCAGUGUACUUGGCUCAUUGGCCUAUUAUCAAGUUUGUGCAGUAUAAUAUCGAGGAUAGGGAGAGUGGAUUGUCUUUGUUUCGUGAGUUUUAUGGGAAUUGGGAUUGGCUUGACUAUGGCAGUAUUUGCUCAAAAUGACGCUUGUUUCGAUGCGGUAGAGUACGGUAGGGUAGAGUGAAAUUAGGGUUAGAGUAGGGUUAGGUAGGUUUAGGGUAGAGGUUUUGGUAGGAUAGGGCAGAGCAUGCGAAUAAAUAAUAUUGUAGGGUAUGGUAGGGUAGAGUGAAAGUAGGGUUGCAGUAAGGAUAGGUAGGGUUAAAGUAGAGUUUUUGGUAGGGUAGGGUGAGAUUUUUGAUUUAAGGGUACGGUAUUUUUGUAAGGUUGGACUAAUUUUGAAGCGAGGUAUUUUUUAAGGUAGGGUAUUUCCUAGGGUAAGGAAUUUUCUGGGGCCGAGCAUUUUCUAAAGCAAAGCAUUUCUUGAGUGAGGGGUGUGGUAAGGCAGGGUACUGUGGGGUAGAGUAGGGUAGGGUAAAAUAUGGUAGAGUAGGGUAGAGUAGGGUAGGGUAGGGUAGGGUAGGGUAGGGUAGGGUAGGGUAGGGUAGGGUAGGGUAGGGUAGGGUAGGGUAAGGUAGGGUGGGGUAGGGUAGAGUAAGGUAGGGUUAGAGCAGGCUAGGAGAACACCAGAAAAAUUGUUUUAAAAGGGACACAGAAUUAUGUAAAAAACUUAAAUAUAUUGUUUUCAGAAGGAAUUCUGAUAAUCGUGGCAUCAGUCCAGCUAGGCAACUCAGUAGAAAGUUUUUUCGCAAAAAUCAGUCAAAGCAUAACCUCAUGGCUACGGUUACUACUCGUCCUCAUGCUACUGUAUUGUACAUUAUUCUCAACUCAAAUCUAUGUUACUCAAAAGGUCCCGAGCACUGAAGUCGAUGGGGCAAGGGUGGUUGAUUGGAAAGACCCAUCUUACCUCAGCUUUAUCGAAAAGAUGUACAAGAAACGUGGCCAAGACCUGGAGUUGUCUUUGGAUGAACUGUUGACCUUCAACGAGGGCAUGGUACAUUAUGUGGAAACGUAUUUUAGAAACUGUAAAAAUAACAGUGCGAAAAGAUAUCCGGAAAUGAAGUUUUACGAGGACUUUUUCUACGGUUGCAGUAUUGAUGUAAGUUUCAAGUUUACGAGGAAGAUGAACUUUUUGGCACUUUUUAAAAGUGGAAGUACGGUGGAAGAUUUUUAAUGUAUUUUGCAUUAAAAAUCUUCCACAAAAAUUCCAUUUUUAAAAUGUCUUAACAUGGCCUAAAAAUGACUUUUUGACACUUUUUAGAUGUGAAAGUAAGGUGGAAGAUUUUCAGUGCAAAAUACAUUACAAAUCUUCCACUAAACUUCCACUUCCAAAAAGUGUUAAAAACGUUUUUUUGUGCCAUUUUAAGAAGUUUUGGAAAUGGAAUUUGAGUGGAAGAUUUUCAGUGCAAAAUACAUUACAAUUCUUCCACUAAACUUCCACUUCUAAAAAUUGUUAAAAACGUGUUUUUAUGCCAUUUUAAGGUAUUUUAAAAACGAAAGCUGAGUGGAAGAUUUUCAGUGCAAAAUACAUUACAAAUCUUUCAUCUCGCUUCCACUUUUCAAAAACGUACAAAAUUGAAAAAAAUCUUUUUUACAGGGCAAAGGAGACAAAGAAGUAGUAGUAAUUGGCAACAGUAUGGCCAGAGACAUUUUCACCGGCUUUCAACAGUUGUGGAAAGGCACUUAUAAACGACUCACAAUGGCAGCCCACCCAACUGAGGUUCCAUUUAGUAUUGAAGAUGCAGAAGUUGGCAACAAGUACAUAAACUUGCUUAAAGAAUGGGAUCGGCCAAUCGAUAUUGUCAUUGUGCAACAUGCUUACUUUGAAAUACCGCUUGAAUACAGGAGUGGCAAAAUGAAGGAAGAUAUCGACAAUUUUUACAAAGAUUUGCAACCGCUGGUCAAGGAUGUUAUAAUGAUUGGAGCGCCUGAGGUGUGGCAGGAGACUAGCAAACAAAAAAUGUUGAAAAUUAUUGAAAAUAAGGAAGAUUAUGACAAAGUCAGCAUUGGAUGGGAUGUAAGUUUAAGCAAAGUGAAGUUUUUGAAGUAUUACAAAUUUUUAAAAAAUCAAUAUAUUUUGUGACAUUUCGCAACAUUUUGUAAAAGUCAAAUUUUUGGUGACAUAUCGCAAUAUUUUGUGAAAAUCAAUAUCUUUUGUGAUAAUUUGCAAAUUACUUUCAAAGUCGAUAAUUUUUGUGACAUUCCGCAACAUUACUUAAAAAUCUAUAAUUUUUGUGACAUUUCGCGACAUAACUUGAAAGUCAAUAAUUUAUGUGACAUAUCGCAACAUUUUGUGAAAAUCAAUAUCUUUUGUGAUAAUUUGCAAAUUACUUUCAAAGUCGAUAAUUUUUGUGACAUUCCGCAACAUUACUUAAAAAUCUAUAAUUUUUGUGACAUUUCGCGACAUAACUUGAAAGUCAAUAAUUUAUGUGACAUAUCGCAACAUUUUGUGAAAAUCAAUAUCUUUUGUGGUAAUUCGCCACAUUUUGUAUAAGUCAAUAUUUAUUGUGACAUAUCGCAACAUAACUUGAAAGUCAAUAAUUUAUGUGACAUAUUGCAACAUUUUGUAAAAAUCAAUAUCUUUUGUGAUAUAUCGCCCCAUUUCUUUAUAAUCAAUAACUUACGUGACAUCUUGCAACGUCUCUUAAAAAUCAAUAUCUUUUGUGUCAUUUCGCAACAUUUUGUAUAAGUCAAUAUUUAUUGUGACAUAUCACAACAUUUUGUAAAAAUCAAUAUCUUUUGUGACAUUUCGCAACACAAAAAAUCGUUUCAGCUUCACAUUGCCAUAAAUGCCAAAAUGCGCAUAAUGAUCGAGAACCUGCCAUGUGAAAAGUGUGUCAUCGUCGAUUUUGUCAGGUCAAUUUGUUCGCGAGUUACCGCAAAAUGUCAUGGUAUUCUACCCAACGGUAUUAUGGUGUUCAGGGAUCGGAUUCACACGACGUUGGUUAUUAAUUUAAUGUAUGCUCAGGAAUUUAUUGAAGUUUACAAUAAUAAAUUUAUAGGUUAAAGGAUUGGAGAUUUGAUAAGAAUAAGGUUUAAGAUAAGGUUAGGGUUAGAGGUGGAGUUAGACAACGGCAGAACGACGGAAGGGUCAGUCAGGAUUGAGUUAAGUAAGGCAAGACAAAACCAACCAGGGUACAGUAGAACUAAUAAUGCAAGAAAGGGCAGAACAGAGUAAAGCAAAAAAAAAGAAAGGCAAGGCAAGGCAAGGCAAGACCGAACCAGACCAGAGUGGACUGACCAGACCGGACAGUACAGGACAAGGCAGGGUAAUACAGGACAAAGCAAAAAGUUAAUCCUAAGGUUAGGGUUAGAGUUAGGGUUAGGUAUGACACAGAAGGAAUGACAUAGCACGGCCUGCCCGACAGGGCAAAGCAAGGCCAGGGCAAGGCCAGGGCAAGGCCAGGGCAAGGCCAGGGCAAGGCCAGGGCAAGGCCAGGGCAAGGCCAGGGCAAGGCCAGGGCAAGGCCAGGGCAAGGCCAGGGCAAGGCCAGGGCAAGGCCAGGGCAAGGCCAGGGCAAGGCCAGGGCAAGGCCAGGGCAAGGCCAGGGCAAGGCCAGGGCAAGGCCAGGGCAAGGCCAGGGCAAGGCCAGGGCAAGGCAAGGUAGGACCAGAGGUAGGACCUGAACUGCUCUGAUCAGCUUUUAUUAAUAUCUAUUUUUGGUAGUAAGCCUUCAACAUCCCAUAUGUUAACAUUUUAACGUAAUAAGCAAGCACUUUGUGUAGAAUCUUCUCUUCAGUCUCAUCCUCGUUCUUGGACUGGCUAGCACUUUGUUUUUCUAUCUUUAUGUAAAAGUUUGAGCAAGCCGUUGCUAGCCAAUACCAAAGAUUGAAGUUUUAACAGACAUAAUAACAUAGAGCUUUACGUAAAUCUAAAUCAUAAACAAACUUUAUUUUUAAUGUUAUGUUAAAGUUGAAAACACCUCGUCAACAUAUUUAUUCAAUUUUAUGCACAUCUUCCCCAUGAUAUAACACUUGUUUUCGUGGUAAAUGUUUUUUAGUGUCGUUGUUUUGUUUUGCCAGUAGUAUUGUCAAGACCUUUGAGGUCUGGUUUAUGUUAGUCAUGACAGCGGUAACACAUGCACCAAAACGGCUCGAUCUUCAAGGGUUACGAUGUAUAGCCAUAGUCGCAGUACUGCUGUUUCACAUAUGGCCAAAACUGUUUCCCAAUGGCUAUCUGGGUGUGGAUAUGUAAGGUUCAUGAUAUUUAAUGCAUUUUGAAAUGUUUUUAAGCAAUUUUAAGACAUUUUUAAAAUGGAAUUUCGGUGGAAGAUUUUCAGUGCAAAAUACAUUGCAAAUCUUCCGCCCAGCUUCCACUCUUGAUGUGUAAGGUUUAAGACAUUAGUUUUCUUUAAAAACCAUAAAAUAACCAUAACUUUCCUUCCAGUUUAAAAAACUGCUAAUUUAGAGCCAUUUUCCAAAGUGGAAGUUAUGUGGAAGAUUUGUAAUGUAUUUUGCACUAAAAAUCUUCCACCAAACUUCCACUUUUAAAAUGUCUUAAAAAAGACUUAAAAAUGACUUUCUGACACUUUUUUAGAAGUGAAAGUUAAGUGGAAGAUUUUCAGUGCAAAACACAUUACAAAUCUUCCACUCAACUUCCACUUUCAAAAACGCUCAAAAACGUGUUUUUAGGCUAUUUUAAGACAUUUUGGAAAUGGAAGUUGAGUGGAAGAUUUUUAGUGCAAAAUACAUUACAAAUCUUCCGCUUAAUUUCCACUUUUUAAAACUUAAUUUUUUAGCGUUUUAAUGAAACUUUUGCUUUUUUUUAGUAAAUUUUUAAUAUUUUGUAGCUCUAGAACAGUCUAAAAAUGACAAAAUUUUAGGUUUUUUGUGCUGUCAGGCUACCUGAUGUACACAAUAUUGUCAGCAAAGCCUAUGAACAAGGUAACAAUUGCUGAUUUCUACUAUCGCCGUAUCAAGAGGAUCAUACCAUCCUAUCUGUUUGUCAUCAUCGCUACACUAGUGAUUGGUUUUGUUGUAUUCACAUCGAGAGAAUAUGGCUAUCUGGUCAAGGAAUCAUUGACUGCAGCUACUUUGACUUCGAAUAUGUUCAAUUUACCUGAGCAUGGCUACUUUAAGAUCAACAAUGAGUUCACAUUGUUCUUGCAUACAUGGUCAUUGUCGGUUGAGAUUCAGUUUUACCUGAUUUGUCCACUUUUGUUUGGGACGUUGAAGUAUUUGAAUAGUAGAAAUAAGGCAUUUGGAGGAGUCUAUUGGUUGAUCAUUACCUUGAUAUCGUUCGGAUUUCAGUGGUUAUAUAGGAAUAGUAAGUUGAAAAAGCUAGCCCUAAUUCAGAGCGAUAGCCCAGAGCCCUGAGUUCUGAGCCCUGAGCCCAGAGCCCUGAGCCCUGAGCCCUGAGCCCAGAGCCCUGAGCCCUGAGAUCUGAGGAUUGAAGCCUAGCUUGGCUUAGCACUAGCCCUGGAUCGGGUUUUAACUUUUUUUUUGUUUUUUUAAAGCCCAAGCAUAAGCCUAAACCUAAGCCUAAUCCUGAGUUUGAGCUUGAGUUUGAGCUGAUCCUUUAGUUUCACCGUACCCAAGCCUUCCCUUGCCAUACCCUACUUCAGCCUUACUUUGUUGUACCCUAAUGCCGUCCUAUCAAGUUGUAACCUAGACAAAAGGAACGGACUGGGCCUAUUUUCAGACCUGGCCUAAUGUGAACUUUGCUCAGGCUUGGCCCGACCUGUUCCUCAUGUCUACCGUACCCUACUAUAAUCUACCAUAAGGUUACUGACCUAUAUAUUCUUGCUUGUCUUGGAAGCCUACAAGCUAUUGAAACGUCUAUAGCAGUAAAAAGAACGUAGUAUAGUAAAUAAUAUCUUUAAACCUAUAUUAUUAUAGAUCCAAACAUCUCCCACAUGAGCCUGCCAGCCAGAAUCUGGCAAUUUUUCUUUGGAUUUGCUGUGGGCAUGGUCAGAUCAAUGCAAAGUCAUACCAGCUAUGUACCAUUAGAUGGGAAAGAGCCAGUAUCACUAAAGACGUACUACAUCAAAUCAGCUAUCACACUUCUUAUACUAAUACCAAUACUAGUCAUGCCAGACAUUGUUGAUGCCGUGCUACUACGACUUUUAGCUACUUUGGUAACAGCGGUUGUUAUAUACGGUAAUGGGGAGAGUAUUUGCUCUCAUCCUUAUCUUGUUUGGAUUGGUGACAUUUCGUAUUCGGUCUACUUGGUACAUUGGCCUAUUAUCAAGUGUGUCGAGUAUAAUAUGGAGAACAAGGAUAAUGGCCUGUCUUUGUUACGUAAGUUUUUGAGGAAAGGAUAA